GCCAGCCCUGUUUGUUCCUCCUUUGUUUUUGCUGUUAGAGCCAGAGACAAGCCGUGAAGCGGGUUCAUCCAACUUCAUUCUACUCGAUGUUAGUCGUGGAUGGAAAUUCGGGCUGUGUGAGCUGCACUAACGUCCAUGAGCAAAGUUCUGUCCAACAUUCCAUUCUGAAAGAAGCCAAAGGUGGAUUUGAACUGAAACCUAAGUUAUAUCUGGAGGAAGACCAAGAUUACCUGAUUCCAGCAAACAUGGAUGGAAGACCCACCUGUGACCAGUGUGGAAAGACUUUCACCUCAGAAAGUAACUUAAAAGUCCACCAACGCACCCACACUGGGGAAAGACCAUAUGACUGUGACCAGUGUGGGAAGACUUUCAGCUUAGCAAGUAACUUAAAAGUCCACCAACGCACCCACACUGGAGAGAGACCAUAUACCUGUGACCAGUGUGGGAAGACUUUCACCCAUAUAAAUGUACUUACAAGACACCAACUCACCCACACUGAAGAAAGACCAUACAAAUGUGAUCAGUGUGGGAAGACUUUCACCCAAAUGGCUGCGCUUAAAAUCCACCAACGCAUCCACACUGGAGAAAGACCAUAUAACUGUAACCAGUGUGGAAAGACUUUCACCACAACACAUGACUUAAAAAGGCACCAACGUGUCCACACUGGUGAGAGACCAUAUGACUGUGACCAGUGUGGCAAGGCUUUCACCUCUACAAGUGACUUAAAAAGCCACCAACGCAUUCACACUGGAGAAAGACCAUAUUACUGUAACCUUUGUGGGAAGACUUUCAUUUUGGCAAGCAAAUUAAACAUCCACCAACGCAUCCACACUGGAGAGAGACCAUAUGACUGUGACCAGUGUGGGAAGACUUUCACCCGUAUGAGUGUGCUUAAAAUCCACCAACGCAUCCACACUGGAGAAAGACCAUAUAACUGUGAUCAGUGUGGAAAGACUUUCACCCACAUGAGUGUGCUUGUAAACCACCAACGUAUCCACACUGGAGAAAGACCAUAUGACUGUGACCAGUGUGGAAAGGCUUUCACCUCUACAAGUGACUUAAAAAGCCACCAACGAAUUCACACUGGAGAAAGACCAUAUGACUGUGGCCAUUGUGGGAAGACUUUUACUUUGGCAAACACGUUAAAAAGCCACCAACGCAUCCACACUGGAGAGAGACCAUAUGACUGUGACCAGUGUGGGAAAGCUUUCACCAGUAUGAGUUGGCUGAAAGAACAUCAACACAUACACACUGGGGAAAGACCAUAUGACUGUGACCAGUGUGGGAAGACUUACAGAUUCCUGUCUGCUUUACGUUCUCACCGCCGUGUUCACCACACAAAGUUGAUGUAUCCCUGUGAUAGGUGCACAAAGAUAUUCUGGUCCUCUUCGUCUUAUAAGCAUCACCAACGGACCCAUAUUGGAAAGAAUCCCAACCAGCACCGAGUCAGUGACAGAUUUUUGAUCACAGGUUCACAAAGUACCAAAUAUGAACAUGUCAAACAUUUCCGCAAAGGACAAAAACUGAACCGUUUUACAAAAAGUAAGACUCUAGGCAAUCAGAGUCAAAACACACCAAAACAUUUGGCAUGUUAUCAAUGUCCAAACAGAUCCUCGUCAUCCUCUGCUCUCUCCCAUCAUCAGCACAGAUGUGAAUCAUCAACGUCUGGACCAAACAGUACCUCAGCAUCAGAUGAGAAGAAGAAAACACAUUGUGUCUGAACCAGUAACACCGACUUCUUCUGACAAGAACAUCAAACGUCAAAACCUCCAGAUCAAGCUUCACAGGAUCCAGAUGUGAAAACAAACACCAGACUGAAAGCUGUUUUGUUGUCUUCAGAGUACAGAAGUAUGUUCUAAUGCACCACUCUGUAGCAGGAAGCAGGAGGUGACAUCACUGGUAAGGGAAGGGUAGAAAUCAGACCCACCUGAGAGCUGUGUGGUGGAGGGAAACUCAAACAAAGGAGAGACUGGAAGGAGGUUUGAUCGACAGGAGAAGUGACAAUGAAAAGGAAAGGAGGAAAAGACUUGAUGUGACUUUAAGUGAGGAAUCUGGAAGUGGACUGGUGUGGACCCAGGACUCUUGAGAGGAGAAUCUGAAUCCCUGGAGCAGGCGGGCCUGGUCCUGCUCGGACUAUGGUUGCUCUCUGUCCGGUUCAGAGGACACCUGCCGGCUCCCCUGGAACCCAAACUGUCCUGGCUUCUCCCCUGAACAUAUAUCUGUUCUCUCUCUCUCUCAUUGUACUGCCCGUUACCCCGACUUCUGCGGGAGAAACCAGGUGGAACCAAUUUAUAAAUUAGGUGCACAUGCCCAGACCCUUUAAAAUGGCAGAAAAUAAAUAAAUAAAAUAAAAUGGUGGACACUAAUGUUGUUGGGUACUGGGAGCUUAUUGGACACCAUGGCAACGGCAGCAAGAGGAGUUUGUUACAGUGUGGAUACCAUCAGAGAAGAAUCAUCAGCGUGAAUGACUCACUGAGACUCUGGAGAGACAGGCGGUAAACGCUCAGGCUUUGAUGUGAACGGACUUUUACAACUGUAAUGUCAUUGUUAGCUGAACUGAAUGGCUUUCUAUUAACUUUUGUGUUCAUAGGUGUGUUCUUCUCUUAAAGUUGAAUGGCGCCAUCUGUGGGCGCCCUGUAUGUACUGUUGUCAUUCUGUUUGGCCACGCCAUUGAAGUUAUGUGCAGCUUUCAUUCUGGUCGAUAAAUCUGGGCAGAUAUACGUCUCUAAGUAUUAGUUUUAUGAUUAUUUUGUCAUUAACUUAGAAGCAUGAUUGCUAGCAUCUUUUACAGAGCACAAAUAAGCUUUCACUUUGUGGUAGAAGCGUUCUGUUCACUGCUAAUAUUUGAGUCAGGUGGCAGUCUGUUUUGUGUCAGUGCUAACUUGUAUGUACUCAGUUCGGAGCUAAUGCGGAUGUUAUUUGGUAGCAAUUGCUGUGUUUCCUUUACUAGCAAAUUAUUUGUGCACUCCGGGAGAAUCUUGUGCAUAUUAUUAGCACUGGAGUAUUUUUGAUUCAUGCCAAUUAGAUUACAUGUAAUGUUAAUGCAGUUUAGAAAAACGUGUUUUACUGUGUACAUUCUGUACAAGAUUACAACAUUUCUUUUGCCCCUCAUUGCAUAUUUAAGUUAAUUUCAUAUGGUUUAUAUACUGUACAUGCUUAUUUCAUUGGUUUGUAAUUGGUGGAAUAUUUAACUUUAAUUCAUGUAUGGAUGUUAAUUCAUGCAUUUAAAAAGGAUGGGUAAAAGUUAAGAAGUGCUUACAGUGGAAACAUAUUUCAGCACACAUUGUAAUACAUGUAUUUGUUUGUAUUUCAUGUUAUUGCAGUUCUACAAAAGUAUUAUUAAAAGAAGGGAAGGAAAGAAAAUAAGCAACUAAAACAAGACUUCACCUUCAAACACAAA